AUGCGACAUAAAUUGCAAACUGAAACUGUACGCAAGCGCUAUCAAGUUGUUUCUUUGCAACUCAACGCGAAAGCACAUCUAAUUCCAAGAUCGGCAGAUAAACUAUCAAAAUUUACCAUAUUGUGUGCUGGAGGAUAUGGUCUAGAGAAAGAGAAACAAAGGGUUUGUGUGAUGUGUCCAAGAAACACCUUCAGCAGCGACGAUGGCUCCUUUUGCAAAUUUUGUCCAAAUGGCCAGUACCAACCAGAACCCGGUUCAAAAAGUUGUAUGAGCUGCACUUCUCCUGUUGAUGACUCGAUGUGCCUGCGAAUGUUGCGGCACUAA